UGAUGGAAGUGAAAGAGGAGAGUCAAGCUGAAGUGGAUGAGAAACAUCAGAUUGUAAAAAUAAACCAUAAUGUUUCACAUAAAGAAACUCUGAAGACAGAAGACAUAAAGUGUGAAAAUAGUUUUAAUGAAGAUGAACGCCCUGCAGAUCACAAGAGGACUUACAGUGAGGAGAAACCUUUCACUGGUCAACAGUGUGAAAAGAGUUUUAGAAGAAAAGGUCACCUUAAAGCACACAUGAGGAUUCACACCAGAGAGAAACGACACGCGUGCCAUCACUGUGAAAAGAGUUUUACAACUGCAGUUAACCUUACGAUACACAUUAGGACUCACACUGGAGAGAAACCUUACAUUUGUCAUCAAUGUGGAAAGAGUUUCUCUGUUGAAAGUAACCUUAAGAUACAUGAAAGAAUUCACACUGGAGAGAGUCCGUUCACUUGCCAGGAGUGUGAAAAGAGUUUCAGAAUUAAAUGUAGCCUUAUAAGACACAUGAAAAUUCACAAAGGAGAGAAACCUUACAUUUGUUUUCAUUGUGGAAAGAGUUACGGUGAUAAACGUGGACUUGAGACUCACAUGAGAAUUCACACUGGGGAGAAACCCUUCAACUGUGAUCUGUGUGGAAAGAGUUUCACCUUUCAAUCGAGCCUUAGCCGGCACAAGAAAAUUCACAGGGGGGAAAUGUUAUAUGCAUGCCAGCAUUGUGAAAAGAGGUUCCCAGAUAAAAGUCAACUUAAGAUACACAUUAGAGUUUAUACUGGAGAGAAACCUUACACUUGUCUUCAGUGUGGAAAGAGUUUCAGAACAAAAUCUAUCCUUGAAGCACACAUGAUGAGGAUUCACACCGGAAUGAAACCACAUCCGUGCCAUCAUUGUGAAAAGAGUUUCGGAGAUAAAAGUCAACUUGAGAUACACAUUAGGGUUCACACUGGAGAGAUGCCAUUCACAUGUCAUCUGUGUGGAAAGAGUUUCAACUUUCAAUCGAGCCUUAGCCGGCACAAGAAAGCUCACAGGGGGGAUAUGCCAUAUGCAUGCCAGCAUUGUGACAAGAGUUUCGCUGAUACUAGUGAACUUAAGAUACACAUUAGAGUUCAUACUGGAGAUAAACAUUACACUUGUCAUCUGUGUGGAAAGAGUUUCAGAACAAAAGUUAACCUUAAAGCACACAUGAGAGUUCACACUGAAAAUAAAAAACACCCAUGCCAUCACUGUGGAAAGAGUUUUACAGCUGCAGGUAACCUUAAGAUACACAUGAGGUCUCACACUGGAGAGAAACCUUAUGCAUGUCAACAGUGUGGAAAGAGUUUCUCUAUUGAAAGUAACCUUAAGAUACACACAAGGAUUCACACUGGAGAGAGACCUUACACUUGUCAUCAAUGUGGAAAGAGUUUCUCUAUUGAAAGUAACCUUAAGAUACACACAAGGAUUCACACCGGAGAGAAACCGUUCACAUGUGAUGAGUGUGAAAAGAGUUUCAGAAUUAAAUGUAGCCUUAAAAGACACAUGAGAAUUCACAAAAGAGAGAAACCUCACAUGUGUUUUUAUUGUGGCAAGAGUUUCAGAGAUAAAAGUGGACUUGAGACUCACAUGAGAAUUCACACUGGAGAGAAACCCUACAUAUGUCUUCAGUGUGAAAAGAGUUUUACAACUGCAGAUAAACUUAAGAUACACAUGAGGACUCACACUGUAGAGAAACCUUACACUUGUCAACAAUGUGGAAAGAGUUUCUCUAUUGAAAGUAACCUUAAGAAGCAUGAUAGAAUUCACGCUGGAGAGUAGUGUUGUCACGGUACCAAAAUUUCAGUAGUCGGUAUCGAUGCCAGUACAAAUUUACGGUUCUCGGUACCAAUUUCGGUCCCAAAGCAAAACAAAAAACAAAACAAAUAAAGUUAAAUGUUAAUAAGCGCAUUGCUAUUCUGUAUAAAAUGCAUUUGUUGCUGAAAGGUUUCAGCAGCUGUUGUCUGUGUGUGUUUGCUGGGGUCCUUCAUGCUGAUGAACAUCAUUCUCUGAUGCUUUAAAAUACAAAAGCUUUCCGAGCUUUCAUUGGAAACAACUGAAAACAUGUGCCGGCCGCGGGCGUAAAAGCUUUGGUGUGCAUGCCCCCUAAUGAAUCCAGUCGAUGCCUUUAAUGUUUUUCCCCCUUCCAUCCGGACACUUCACUUGUUCUCUCUGUGAUGCGCUUUAAAUCUGAAGUAUUUCUGUAAGCUUGUAACCCGACUCCUUUAAAUGAUUUUGUGGAGCUCUGUGACCCUGCGUUGUGACUCGCGUCACUCACAUCUUCUUGUCUUUCUCCCCCACUGAUUUAAUGAAUACUGGGGAUUCGGACAUACUACUCUGUUCACGUACUAUAUUUUAGGAAAGAAUGUGGUUUCGGACGAUACUUAAGUACACGUGCCUUCUGACAAGGCCAAUGUGCAAGUACUGCUCAAAUUCCAAAUUCACAUCAAGUCAAGUUCACAUAACAUCUCAGGAUAUGUUCUUGAUCCGCUCGUUUUAUCGAGGAUGCAUUAGGAGGUGAUUUGUGUGGACUUAUGAUAAACAAGUUUCCCAGAAUGCAUUUCACGUCAAUGGCAGUGGAACUUAAAACCGGCACAAUAUUCAAAAUAUUACUCUUUCUGUGUCAUAAAAUGUAGGCGUUUAGUCGAAAAUAUAGAUGAAUAAACUUCGAAUCUGUGGUCAGUUAGUGAAGAUAGCGCCUAAUAUUAACAUUUCCUCUGACAAUUUUGGAUAUGUGAGUUCAAGUUGAUCAGUGGGUGGUCGGCGGUGUACACUUGGGAAGCCUUAUUUUUGCAAGUCCUUCUGAAAUUUGCUGCUGUCUCAGUGCAGCUGCUCUGCCCUUCAGUGUCUGAUGGUCAAACAUGAAAUAUUCCCUUUGAAUAUAUCUAACUGACAUUUUUUGGUCUCAUCAAUUUAUUUCUCUUUAUUAUUCAUAUGAAGUCUGUUAUUUAUUAUUAUUAUUUUAACUGAUGUUAAAGUUAAAGGAAUAGUCUACUCAUUUUCAAUAUUAAAAUAUGUUAUUACCUUAACUAAGAAUUGUUGAUACAUCCCUCUAUCAUCUGUGUGCGUGCACGUAAGCGCUGGAGCGCGCUGCGACGCUUCGAUAGCAUUUAGCUUAGCCCCAUUCAUUCAAUGGUACCAUUUAGAGAUAAAGUUAGAAGUGACCAAACACAUCAACGUUUUUCCUAUUUAAGACGAGUAGUUAUACGAGCAAGUUUGGUGGUACAAAAUAAAACGUAGCGCUUUUCUAAGCGGAUUUAAAAGAGGAACUACAUUUUGUGGCGUAAUAGCACUUUUGGGAGUACUUCGACUCGGCGCAGUAACACCCUCCCUCUCCCAUUAUGAGAGGGAGAAGGGGAGCGGACUUUUCAGGCGAGUCGAAGUACUCCCAAAAGUGCUAUUACGCCAUAAAAUAUAGUUCCUCUUUUAAAUCAGCUCCAGCGCUUAGAUGCACGCACACAAAUGAUAGAGGGAUGUAUCAACAAUUCUUAGUUAAGGUAAUAACAUAUUUUAAUAUUGAAAAUGAGUAGACUAUUCCUUUAAGUUUCAUAACUUAAAUCACAUAUAUUUUCUAUAUUGUCUUAACACUGAAUCACUGCCUUUGUACUCUAACCUUUUUACUUGUGUUUACUUCAUGUUGUACAAAAGUUUUGUACUUUUAA